UCGGCUCGGCUGCCGGAGCCGGGCGGGGGUGGGAGCGCCACAGCGGAGCCGGUUGCGGUCGCUGCAGCAGCGGCACCGAUGAGCGGGUUCCGGGUCCCGAGCGGCGCCGCCGCCGCCGCCCCCGUCCCGGUCCUGCUGUUGGGGCUGCUCCUGGCCGCCGCGGGCUGCGAGCUGGAGUCCGGGGACGUGGCCGGGGGCAGGAGAAGAGGCGGCGCCUCCGCGGCAGAGUCCCCGGCAACGGGGCCAGCCCUGGCCUCACUGAGUGCACAGGGUGUAGGAUCUGCAAUGAAUGAGGCAGCUGUUGAAUAUUUGGAUCUCUCACAGCAUUAUGUCAUGACACAUCCCCUCCUCUCUAUCCUUGAGGGCUUAAAUAAGUUUGAUCCCUGUAGUUCGCUGAGUCCACCAUGCUUUACUGAGGAGGAUCGAUUCAGUCUGGAAGCUCUCCGCACGAUCCACAAGCAAAUGGAUGAUGACAAAGAUGGUGGUAUUGAAGUAGAUGAAAGCGAUGAGUUUAUCAGAGAAGACAUGAAAUAUAAAGAUGCUUCCAAUAAACACAGCCAUCUGCACAGAGAAGACAAACAUAUCACCAUUGAGGAUCUGUGGAAACGCUGGAAAACCUCUGAAGUUCACAACUGGACUCAAGAGGAGACUCUUCAGUGGCUAGUAGAAUUUGUUGAACUGCCCCAGUAUGAGAAGAAUUUUAAAGACAGUAAUGUCAAAGGAACAACACUUCCAAGGAUAGCAGUAAAUGAACCUGCUUUUAUGAUCGCUCAUCUGAAAAUCAUUGAACGGAGCCACAGACAGAAACUUCAGCUGAAGGCAUUGGAUGUUGUUUUAUUUGGACCUCUCGCACGCCCAUCUCACAACUGGAUGAAGGAUUUUGUACUAGCAAUUUCUAUAGUGAUUGGUAUUGGAGGCUGCUGGUUUGCACAUACUCAGAACAAGACCUCAAGAGAGCACAUCGCAAAAAUGAUGAAAGAUCUAGAAAGCCUCCAGACAGCAGAGCAAAGCCUUCUUGAUGUGCAGGAGAGGCUUGAGAAGGCACAGGAAGAAAACAGAAAUGUUGCUGUAGAAAAACAAAACCUGGAGCGCAAAAUGAUGGAUGAAAUUAAUGAUGCAAAACGAGAAGCUUACCGACUAAGGGAGUUGAGGGAGGGAGCCGAAUGUGAACUAAGCAGACUCAAGUAUGCAGAGGAGGAACUAGUACAGGUUCGCAUGGCUUUAAAGAAGGCCGAGAAGGAGUUUGAGCUGAGAAGUAACUGGUCUGUUCCUGAUGCAUUGCAGAAAUGGCUCCAGUUAACACAUGAGGUUGAAGUUCAAUACUACAAUAUUAAAAGACAAAAUGCAGAAAUGCAACUAGCAAUUGCUAAAGAUGAGGCAGAAAAAAUUAAAAAGAAGAGAAGCACUGUAUUUGGGACAUUACAUGUUGCACACAGCUCCUCCCUAGAUGAGGUGGACCACAAAAUCCUUGAAGCAAAGAAAGCACUCUCUGAAUUGACGACAUGUUUGCGAGAGCGUCUCUAUCGAUGGCAGCAGAUUGAGAAGAUCUGUGGCUUUCAGAUAGCACACAACUCAGGAUUACCAAGCCUGACGUCCUCUCUCUACUCUGAUCACAGCUGGGUGGUGAUGCCCCGAGUCUCCAUUCCACCUUACCCAAUUGCUGGGGGAGUUGAUGACUUAGAUGAAGACACCCCUCCAAUAGUUGCACAGUUUCAUGGGUCCACUGUAAAGCCUCCAAGCUCAUUAGCAAGAAGUAGUAGUUUGUGUCGCUCAAGGCGCAAUGUUGUACCAUCAUCUCCACAAUCUCCGCAUACUCAACAUAUGUCGCAUACCUUGCAUUCCCCCGACCCAGACAUCCUGUCAGUGUCAAGCUGCCCUGCUCUUUAUCGUACUGAGGAGGAGGAAGAGGCAAUUUACUUCACUGCUGAGAAACAAUGGGAAGUACAGGAUGCUGGUUCAGAGUGUGACUCCUUAAACUCAUCCUUUGGAAGGAAACAGUCUCCUCCUUCAAGUCUUGAGAUGUACCAACCUCUAUCUCCACAAAAGGUAUCCCGGGAGGAGCUGUCGCUAGAGGAAUCGUCCACAGGAGACUCCUCGUCACUAACUGCAGAUAUUUCCAGGGGUUCUCCUGACUGCCCAGGCCUAACAGAAACUAAGAGCAUGAUAUUUAGUCCUGCAAACAAAGUGUACAAUGGCAUCCUGGAGAAGUCCUGCAGCAUGAACCAGCUUUCUAGUGGGAUUCCAGUCCCCAAGCCUCACCACACCUCCUCUUCCUCAGCCAGCAGUGAAAGUAAACCCAUUCAUGAAGUCCCCACUGUCCCUAGGAUCAGUAGCAUCCCACAGGACCUAUGCCAGAAUGGCGAGAAAAACAAAAAGCCAUCAAAAAUUAAAAGCCUCUUUAAGAAAAAAUCGAAGUGAAGCACAGAGAAGUAACCCAUAACAGUGGCAGUGUUAGGCUUUCUAAACUUCAGGAAUGUAGUUCCAUUAGGGUCUUCCAGACUGGACGUCAUAGUGGAAUGCCCUAUAGGUCAACUGUCUACUAUUUAAAUGACCCUAAAGUUAAAGAUUGUGCCAGCUGUUAAUGAGAAAUCAAAAGUUCAGACAGUUUAGUUAUUUCUGCCUAUUUAUUUCUGCUUUAUUUUUAGUUAUCUAUAACUUUCUAAAAAUGCCACUUUGGACUGACAAGCUUUAAUGGACUAGUAAGCCUGCAUGGGCUUGCCAAAAUUUCUUGUUUACCAGAGCAUCUUCUUAUCUUUCCACAGAGUUAUGACAUUUACCUACUGGACUUAAGUAACUUAAAAGAAGUAAAACUAAUUAAAUUGCACUACUGUUUUCCAGACUGGAAAAGUAUCUCUGCAAGUGAAACUAGGAUUUAUAAAUGACUGAGGAGAUGGGUCUUUACACUUUUAGAUCUUUUGGGGUUUUUAAGUAGAACCUAGGAUUUCUAAUUGACUUGAUUUCUGAAAAUGGAAACCCCACACUUUUAUUAUGGAAUGCUUCAUUAGAUGCAUUUAUUAUUAGAGCGGUUCAAGUCCUGCUGUAAAGAUCAUGUUUUUCCCAGGGCUUUCACUGUGAUUUUACUGCAUUGCAGGCUGUAUGAUAAAAUACAUAGAUAAUUUAACAAGAGAAGAGGCUCUUGAUUCCUUAUGCAAGCGAUGGAGUGAAACUUGAUUGAAGGACUUAAGAUUCACAUGCUUACAAUGGGGAGGGGGAGAAUCCGGGCACUUGUUUACAGACUUUGACAGACAAAAGAUGUUUGGUUUAUGAAAAUUUGUACUAUGGUAAAGAUAAUAAAUUGGAGACAUUCUUGUGCUUGUAAUUGUUCUAAUUUUAGCUGAUGAUCUCUUUCAGGCAUAUUCCUGAGGACCUGUUUGUUCAACAUGCUAUAGACUACAUUGCUUAUGCUUAUAAGUGUAUAAAUUAUUUUUUUUGUUAGCUUUUAACAGAGUCUUUGUCCCUUUGUAGAAUUUCAUACUGUUUUAUUUUUGUAUAGUUUGAGGAGUUAGCUGUUCAGACAUAUUGGGUUGAAGUAAAUGGUCUAUUCAUUUUAUAAUGUACAUAUACUAUUAUGAACUAAUGUAAUUUAAAGACUUUAAAGUAAGAAUCAAGACAUGCUUCAGAUUAGGCAGCUUUUACAUUAAACAAGCUCUUGUCAUAAGGCAUUAAAUUACCAUUGGGUAACAAAGAAGCUUUCUUAGUAAAACAGUGGCUAGUUGUUCAAAACAUCACAAUUUUUUACAUUUAGAUGAACAAAAUGUACUGAGUAACAGUGCCUUUUUUAUUCAGUUUGUCUGAAAAUGUUUAAUGCUGAGCAACAGUUUUCUUUGAGGUGAAUUCCAAAGAAAUAUUUUUGCUCUAGUGAACACAAGCAAUUUAUCCUGUGAUGACUAGAUCUCUUCAUUUCUGCUAUGGGGUUGUGUUAGUGGCCUCAGUAGCUGCUGCUGUGACUGAACUUCUGUGAUUGAGUUCAAACCUUGCCAGUACGUAUGUGCGCGCGCGCGCACGCACACACACACACACACACACACACAGAGAGAGAGAGAGUACUGUAGAAAACAAUGAAUUCAUUGACUGCCUAAACAGAUUGCUGGUAAGGAGACAUUAACAAAACCUUUAACCAUUUGUUUAAACUUGAAGCAAUACAUAGCUUUCCUAUUUUUGCACGAAGAUCCCACUAUAUGGGAUUUCUCUUUGUUUAUAUGCAUUUGCAAGGCAGUGCUGGUAUUUUUAGCAGAAAUCUUUACUAUGCCCUAUGAAAAAAUAAAGAAUAUCGAAAUUACCAGCUGAAGUUAAUAUGUCCAGAAAAGCAGCGUCUCUUCUGUGUUGGAGCUUUUAAGCAUAGUUAUUUCAGUUACUGGUUGUUUAUCAUUUUGAUAAGUUUAGGCAACUUGCCAUCUCAAACCUAUCCAGAAUAUAAUUGACUACCCCCGCCUCUAACCUGGCUACUCUGGAGGCAUUACCCCGUAUCCUUCUAAAGAAGAUGUUGAACAAUGCCAUCCUGUUAAAGCUCAUAAUUUAAAUAUCUGAUCAGACAGAUGGGUGGUUCUUGGAACCUUGGUUGUCCUCCAGGCUAAUGCAACCAGACUUUAGAAGUUGCUUGCCAAGAGAAAAAGCUCAGUUUUGGUCACUGGCAUUGAAGGUGGAUGCUCCCUGGCAAACUGAUUCAGCAAAUCCAACUUUCCUGUGGAGGGAUAUGGCAUAUGUCCACAUCCUGUAGAUAAAGGGGUGUGGUGUACUUAAAAUGACCUACAGGUUUUCCUGUGCUCAGCUAACUAUAUCUUUCCACUUCAACUAUUUGGAUUGGCUGACAUUCAAUGAGUCCAAUUGGCAAGACAACCACUAAAGUGCUCUUGGAGACUUGCCAGCCCUCCAAUACACCCUUGAAUGGCACAGGACACUCUGACGCUCUCAGCCAAUAUUGUCGCUAUGAUCAGAGUGACUCCUGGGGUAUCUAUCUAAAAUCAUGCUCUGAGAAUUAUCUGAAGUAGGAGAUAAGGGUUUUUUUAAUUGAAUAUAUUAUGAUGGUGCCCAGAGGCCAUGAUCAGGAUUGGGGACCCAUUGUGCUAGGCUCUGUACAUAGGUAGGCAUUUCUAAAAAGCUUACAAUCCAAGAACUCAAGUAACAAAGAGUGGGGGAGAAGGAGGCCAAAUGUAUGCCAUUUUAUAGUCCUAAAUAUAUUUUUAUAGACAAAUAUAUCUCAGGCAGGUUACAUUAAAACAUGUUUUCCUGUGGGUGGUGCCUUUUCCCAACAGACUUCCAGUGAAUAGGGUUAAAUGAGGAGACGCAUUCCGAUCUACCUGUUGAAGCCGGUACAGAGAAUCACUUGAUGCCACAUAGCUGCUGUAGUUGCUUCUCCAGGGACCUCCUGUGUAUUUGUGUUUGCUUCCCUUCUUGCAGAAGGUUGCUGGAAGGAUAGGACAAACAAGGUUUGCUAACCUUUUCCAACUGUUCCUAGACAGAAGAUACCACUUCUUCAGGUUCCAUGUGCUUUCUACUCAGUCAAAUUCGGCAAAUUAUGUACCUGAUAGCUAGGUGCAUGAGAGGUUAACGCUGCAAGAGGAAGAAGUUUCUGAGAGGUAGCUAUAUCCUGCUAAAUUUGAGAGAGCCUGUAGUGUCUAUUACUACUUCUGGAUAGAAUGGACAAAAACAUUCUACUGGUGACAGCCUAAGAACACACUGUUUUAUUGGUGUACCUACAGAUAAUUCUCUCUGUAGCAAGGGUUUAAUGUUGGUGUCAGUUAGCAUGCUCAGGGUUUAUGGCUCAACUCUUGUUGGAGGCUUCAGUAGAAGGUGCUUGCCUCCAAUCCUCAUUUUUGAGACCCUCUCUUUAAACUCCCCAGGAAGACAGAUCUGAUCCGAAGCUGCACCUAGUCCUUUAGAUCUUAGAUAAGAUUUAUUCUGAAGCUGUGCAUUCUGUUACUUUAAAAAUAUUAACCUUUAAAGUAAUCCCAGUUGCUCUGUCUGCCACAUAAACAAGCUUUUCUUUCUACCAUCUUGCUUAUCUUAUCAGCCCAUUCUUGCUUUUUCACAAAUAUAAAGUGGCUUUGCAUGCUAUUCCACUGUUUCUGCACAACUGUGAAACUGAGUUUUGCCAGCACCAGAGCAGUAUGUUCUGCGUGUAUGCCCUUCCCUCUAGCGCAGUGGGAGAGUCAGUCCCACUGUUUGGACUUUAAAGGGGUUUAUGAAAGUGCAUAUGAGUGUAGAGCACAAGAGUUU